GCAUGCGGGCAUGUCUCCCGGGACUCUAGAGCUGGCGAGCCCUCGGCACCGUCGGUAGGUUUGGCGUGCGGGGGUUUCCGCAGACCUGGGGCCGCGAGCUUGCACGUUAUAUCUCUCCUUGCUUGCUUACGUUGCCACCACUUAGGUCUCUAUUGCAGAAAUCGUCAUAGACUCUGAAGGGCCGCGGAAUUGAAAGACCUUGCUGACUGAUUUGCCCACUUUCCGCAGACUUGCGUGCACAAGUUGAACGGAGACGUGUAGGAGAUUUCAUUUUCCCCAGUUUUGCAGCUACUCUUAAGCCCUGUUGGCUUUUGAGGACGGGUUUUCCCCGCCUCAACCGGAAGCUUAGGGACGAAAACUUAAGCAGUUACUCUUCCCCUGGUGAGGCUUCUGGAGGAUCGUUACGAGCGACAUGAUUCCACUUGCAGCCUUAUAAAGAUUGGUUCCGCUCGCUUCCCCUUACAGCUGUGGUCUUUUCACUUUCGUGUGCUGUUUAAGUGCCAGAAUGAGUGACCGCUAUCUAGAACAAAGGAUUAGUAUCAAAUUUUGCGUGAAAUUGAACAAGUCCGCAAGUGAGACCCACCACCUUUUAAAAGAAGCUUAUGGAGAUGAAGUCAUGUCAAGGGCCCGAGUUUUCGACUGGCACAAAAGGUUUAAAGAAGGGCGGGAAGAUGUCCGAGAUGACGCCCGAAGUGGUCGUCCAGUCACCCACCGGACAGAUGAAAAUAUCCAGAAGGUCAAGGACUUGGUUUGUUCAAACAGGCGGUUGACCGUGAGGAUGAUGGCGGAAGAGUUAAAUUUAGAUAAAGAAACCGUUAGACUCAUUUUGAAAGAGAACUUAAAUAUGAGGAAAAUAUCUGCAAAAGUUGUAUCAGGUAUUUUGAAGGAUGAACCCAAACCUCAGAGAUUUGACUUUCAGUCUAACCUUUCAAAGGAAAUGAGGAAAAAUAAAAAUAGCUUGUGUGUAAGGAAAAAGAUAAGUUCUGAAACACGGACUCAUCUUGAGUGUGAAGCUGGUGGGAAGAUACCUCUGCCUGUAUCCCAUCCCCCAAACCACUACCCUGCCAACCAGCUUCUGCAGGCUUCAUCAUCAACAAGCCUUCCCACCAGGACUGCUCAGGACUGGUUCACCCCGUGAUAAAAGGAAUGUGAGGUAGCUGAGCCUGAGCUAGAAAGCUGCUUCACAGUUAGGCACCUUCAUUUGCUGCUCAUCCAUUUUCAGUCUUUAUCACUCUUUCCCACAUGUUACCACCCUCCUAGUUACCCUUGUUGGACUACUGGGCGGUCUUCUGGUUUUGAGGAACUUUGCCUGUUGACCUCUGGUACUUGCUUGUUUCUUGAUGUCUUUUGCUUGUUAAAGUUUGGAUCUCCUCACUGCCCAGGCCUUAGCUUGUUGUGGCUAUUGUGUUCCUGUGUUCUCAACAUUCUGCCUCAGGGGAUCAUACCACUGAAAGGUGGGAACAGGACCUCCUGGAGUUCUUCUGUGCCCAUGAAGGCAUAUUAUGGGAGGACCUCAAAAGAAGGCCUAUAGUUCCAGCCUGCUUCACAGGCAGGACCUGAGGAUUUAUGGAAUGGAACUUUUCCCAAGUGGCUUCCAAUAGACUGGAAACAUCUCAGAAAUACCUGACGAAGUGCAGUGGAGGUAUGGUUAGAGCAUUUCACAGGAUUAGCCGAUGUCUGUGUUUUACCCAAGGAUUUUUAUGGGUAACAGUCCCUAUUAUUUAACUAGCAAGUAACUAAACCAUAUUGGUUGAUAGAAGCCCAACACUUAUUUAUUCAAUACAGUUAUGUUUAGUUCUGUUCUUUCACUGUCUCUAUCUCUUCCAAAAAAUGACAAGUUCCCUACUAAUACCUGUCAGUUUUGAAGUGCCCUGAAACCUAGACCUUAUCCCACAAAUAAAAGGUCUUGUGCAAAAGAACUCUUAAACCAAACAACAGCUUAUAGAUUUCUACAUGCUUAGCCAUUUGUAGCAUUCCGUUUCAGGACCAUUACAUCUUCCACAUCAGGUGAGGCCCUGGUUCCCCACAAGCACUUGCCACCAGGGACCCUACACUUCUGGAACAAAGCCCCCAUAGCUGGCUAUUGCAACUUGGUGGCUGAACCUCACAUUAAUCCUUGGUAGGCUCAGUGGUAAUUGUUGGAAAAUGGUAUGCUCCUUGGCCAGGGCCAGGAUCCUACAACAGUAUCUCAAGGCCUUAACUCCAACCUGAGAGAACUUAUUUCUGGACUUAGUCCUGUUCUGUGAACAGGGCUGGAGUGAGCCUUCCAAAGAUGCCGGACCAAGACCAUGCUGGAGCAUAGGGUACCAGAAGCUUUGCUGGUCCAGACAGGGUUUGGACACAGCAACCAGAAGCAGGUAAUCAAGAAUGUGAGUUCAAAAUGUUACUAGUAUCUAGAAUGAAAAGGACUUAAUUGUUUACUUUAGAUCAUGUGCUGAGUACUAGUCAGGUCGAAACUUGGCUCUCCCUAAACCAAUUACCUGUUUGCAAGGCUUCCCAGGAAAUAUUCAUUGAAAUGAUAAUAGACCCGGGGUGCCUGGGUGGCCCAGUUGGUUAAGUCUCUGCUUUCCCCUCAGGUUGUGAUCUCAGGGUUCUGGGAUCAAGCCCCACAUCUGGCUCCGUGCUCAGUGGAGAGUCUGCUUGUCCCUCUCCUUCUGCCCUUCGCCCCAGCUCAGACUCACUCUCUAGCUUUCUCUCUCUCCAAAAAAAUAAAAAAUAAAAUCUUAAAAAAAAAAAAAAAAGAAAUUAUAAUAGACCCUAACAUGCCUCAGAUUUGGGGAAGUAAAAUUUCUGCCUGAAUACUCAUCCCACAGCAAACUAUCCAUACAUGGCUGCCCAGAGUCACUAAGCCCCAGGCCAGAGCAUGAGCUCCUAUGAUUAUCCCCAGACAGGAGAAUUCUUGUAUGACAGUACCCCUCAUGUGCCCACCCACCCACCCACCAAAUCUAUUUUUUUUUGAGAUUUUAUUUAUUUAUUUGGCAGACAUCACAAGUAGGCAGAGAGAGAAAGGGAAGCAGGCUCCCUGCUGAGCAGAGAGCCUGAUGAAGGGCUCCAUCCCAGGACUCUGGGAUCAUGACCUGAGCCGAAGGCAGAGGCUUAACACACUGAGCCACCCAGGCGCGCGCCCCCCCACACCAAAUCUGUUUUAUCACUGACACAAAAUUUACCCUGAACUACAUCUUGGACUUCCACCUGCCCCACAGGUUUCCUGAGUCUCAAGAAUCCACUUAUCAUCAUCCCCCAGGCUCUUGUCCUUGGCUUUUCUUAACACACCUCUGUUUAUUCUCUAUCAGUUUGCUCAUUCUCCUCUGUUAUACUGGUGCUUUGUUUUCUGGUUCAGGAUCACACCUCCCUCCCUUUUGGUCAGGAUUUUCCAUUCAACUUACAACUCUCUAAUUUUUUAUCCUUUUUCCAGCUCCCCACUUCAGCCCUAUAGUCUUGAGUAGGGAAAUUGUCUGUCCCUAAGUUUCUUUCCUAUCCUCAAGAAGCAGGGUGGGACAACAUGAAGGGAUGUGUUCUUGUUUUUGUUUUAUCUAAGAGACAGACAGGGAAGAGGAAGCAGCUCCCUCCCACCCUUAGCCACCAGUGGUUCCACUCCCCAGAGGCAACCAGUGUUACAAGUUUCUUAAGGAGGCAGUUUGGUUAUCUCAGGUAUUCAGGAGUCAUGAAUGUUUUUCAGAAAUACAACAUCCAAAUCCCAUUCUCUCAGGGUAAGCUCCCCUAAAUGUAGAAGAUGAAGCCUGGCUCUCUGUAGGACAUCAGGAGGAGAGCUGGCUAUCUGCAAACCUUGACUGUAAUUCUCAAGCUCAGCAUACAGUCAGUUAAUGAAAUCUCUUUGGCUUUCAGACUGAUCUCUCUCCUCAUCCCAUUCUGGUUCAAAAUCCGUAUGGAAUGUUAUAUUCCACAGCUGGAAGUCCAGGAGAGUAGACACCUUCCAGGGCAGAUCAUCCCAUCAGUGAUUUUAUCUAAUUCUUCCUCCACCCUUCACCCCUCCCUACCUUACUUCCACUUGCCCCACUGUUAAUGAGCAAAAACAGAGAAUAUUCACCAAUGUUUGAUUUCAAAAAAAAAUGGGAAGCUCUGCAGUCUCCUGAAUUCUGCCCCUGGCUCUGAAUCCUCACUGAAAUGUUAUUGUUUGGGAAGAAUGUGUACCUGGGACCUGCUUUUCAGAGCCUUCCUUUCAGAUCCAUUUCUUAGAGUUCAGAUUUGCCCAUGGAGAUGCCUGGAUCAAUUUGGGUACCAACUGACUUGAGGACAUCUAGUAAAGGAGGAGGCUACUGUUGGGGAACUGUCUGUCUCUGCAUCUCAUACACUGCUACCCAGCCUGCUAUUUGCAGAACACCUUGUCAGCAAGGCUCACUAGGCUUCUUGGGAUUGGGUCUCACCAGGGUCCUGUGUAGCUCAAUUAGCAAGAUGUUCCUUGCUAUUGGAACUGUAUAUGCAACCCUGAAUUCUCCAACUGCUUCUUGGUUGGAUCAGACCUCUCAGAUUUUACCGGCCUCUACACAGUAUCCCAAGCAAUCUGCAUGUCUUUAUCUUCUCUCGUCUCUGCCUUAUCAGAUCCUUGCAAAUACUGUCCCAGUUUCAUCACCCUUCUCCCAGUAUUAAUAUCUAGAAAUAAAAAAUUUGUAGUGGGAAACUUCAGUACCUCUAAGGACCCUUGGGUCUAGUGAAAGGGUCAAAAAAUUUUCUCCAUAAGGGAAAUGCCUUAGGAUUUGUGGGCCAUACAUUCUGUUUAAUAACUGCUUAGCAUUUUAUUGUUGUAAAAGUAGACCUAGCUAAUACAGAAACAGAUAAACAUGGCUGUGUCCUAAUAAACCUUUACUUAUGGAUACUGAAAUUUGAGUUUCAUAUAAUUUUCACAUGUUACAAAAUACUAUUUUGAUUUUGUUCGACUGUUUUUAAAAAUGUAAAAAGCCAUUCUUAGACUUCUUAGCUUACAUACCAGAGAAAAACAGAUGGUGGGCCAGAUUUGGUCCAUGGACCAUAGUUUGCCUACCUGGUCCAAUGUAUAUAAAGUGUAUAUACAAAAUGACAGAAGAUUGAUCCUUUUCCAUCAAUAACGUUGUUAAUGCCAUAUUGAUCCAGCAGUGUCUGACAGUUUAUGAUAUAAAAAUUAUGGAAUAUUGAAGGGAAUCUUUACAGUGCCAGGAGAGUGAACUAGAACUGAAUGAACUAGUUUAUCUCAACCAUAUUGACUAAAAAUGGUAUUACGCAAAUUACUACUUAUAUUAUGCCCUUAUAAUAUCUCAAACAGUUUGGGCAAUACUGCAGAUAGUUCAGAGUUGCAACCGGUGUGGUAACCGAAUGAACUGAAGGUGGGUCCAAAAUCACCACGGUCAUAGGCAGCGCUUGAACGAGUUUACAUUCUCACCUGUGGAAGUGACUACUGUGGAGGUGACAACACUCACUGAAUCAUACACUUCUCUGCGUGCUGGUGCCCAGGGUGUACCUUUCAGACAUGUUUACUUGUUUUUCCCCUAAAGAGAGCCUUAUGGCGUCACCUUCAGUUAAACCGAUUUUCUAAAACUGAAGUGGAAUCUCAGGAUCGGACAGGGUAUUUAUAAUCCAACCAGUCAAGUUUCCCUUGAAUCCAGGAGUGACUAACUCCUACAGCUGCUGGGGGAACAAAUGCAUCUGAAAGAAGAGUCUGUGUUAAUUCAACACAUUUCUGUUGUGUGACUGUAUGUGCCAGGCACUGUCCUGUGUGCUGGGUGUAGCAAUGGACGAAACAGACCCAGGCCUUAGAUCCAACAAUCUGACAUCUAAUUCCUUUACUCUCCACUUCGGUACAGCUCCUCUUCCAUGCCCCAUGUGCUCACACGAACUCAUUGUUAAUUGCAUACCCAGCAAUAGGUGUGACCUUUGCCAUAGGCCUCUGUGCUGUGGUCAUGAAAGCUCUCUAGCUGCAUGAAUAGCUUGAGGACUGUGUGUUCUACUUAAAUUUUAUUAUCCUCUAGACAGAUCUGGAUUGGUAGAGAAACACGCUGGCAAUGUUAGAAGUGUAAAUUGGCAACAGCUUUCUAAAAAGCAAUUUGGCAGUAUCUAUCAGGAGCUUUAAAAAUGUUUAUAUCUUCUGAUCCUCUAAUUCCGCUUCUGGGACUCUGUCCUAAAGAAAUAGUCUAAAAUGUGGGCAGAAUUUAUACUUAACAAUCCAGAAGUCCAACAGUAGAAAAUUGGUUAAAUAAAUUACCGUAUGACUGAACAAUAGACUAUUAUGCGGUCAUUAUAAUUAAUGUUUAUGAACAGUUAAGACAGCAUGGCAAAAUGCUUGUAAUGUUAAGUGAAAAGACUGGUACACAAAAUAGUAUAUAUAAAUCGAAAAUGUGUGUUGUUUUUUUUUAAUGACUGGAAUGGGCAUGCUAACUCUGGGUGGCUCGGUUAUAAGUGUUUUCUUAAUUUCUCUGUUUCUUCUCUUUCUAAAAAUUUCUACAAAAUAUUACUUACCACCUCUACCAUCAGAAUAAAACAGUAGCACCAAAAGGUGGCAAUGGAGACAAGCCAAACCACUAAUUUGGUCCUCGAACAGUUAACAGCCUGGGUGGACAUGGAGGUUGUAUGAUACUGUAUCAGUAGUAAGAAGGGAAAAGGGCCUGCCCCAGAGGAGAAGGCGAGGGACCAGAAUCCCUACCCAAAAAAAAAGCUGAAGUGAUAUGGGAAGUUGCCAUGAGUGGCACGCUCCUGUUAUAAAAUCCUAGAUAAAUAAAAGAGCAUGUAUGGAUCAAGAAUGUUCUGACAAUGGGAAAGGAUAUGGAAAUACUCUCCCAAGCAAAAGUAACCUCAUUCUCUUGCAUUCUUUCAUACAAAGUGAGUAUUCUCAAGAUGGAUUUUAUUACAGCUGAUUCUCUGAAGAAUCCUCGAGCCUUCCACAUAAUUUUGUUAGACUAGGAGUGGCUUUUGAUGGGCCAGGCCUACCUCCUCCCAUACCGGGACGCUCACACAGCAUGGAUGUACAUGGGAAUAUUUGGCAUCCCACCCUGAGAAUUCCGAAGCAUAUCAUUAGUCAUCUUACCAUUGUAACUUACAAAACUAAAGUUUGCAAAUGUGAUUUCAAUGGAAUCCGGGAUUGCUGUGCUUUUUGUUUGUGUCUGAAGAGUAAACAUGUCCUGGGAUUUUAAAGUGAGAAGUGAUGUAGAUAAGGCCUAUCCAUAGGUGAAAAGUUCAUCAUCUUGGGAAAAUCUGUCCUUCAUUGUUGCUUUAGCAAAAUGUUUAUCAUUAAAAUGCCAAAUAUACCUCUUUGGUAAAAUUUCAGACCUUCAAAUGAGUAUAUGGACAUAUUUUGGGGGGAUGCAUAGAUUUGUCAAGCUGAGAUAGUUCUUCAAGAUCAAAGUUUAAGUCUCGUGGUCCGUAGAGAGAACAGAAGAGCAAGAACAGGUACUGGCUCCUUAACGACCCAUGUGCCUUUCAUUUUGCACCCUCGGAGCACUCCAAUAUACUCAUCUGUAAAAGGAGAAUAAUAACACUCCUCUCGUAGAUUUGUUCGUUUUGUUGGUUCGACACGUAUUUAUCGACUGCUUCUGUGUAUCUGACAUUGUUCUAAACACGGAAGAUACAGCAAUAAACGAGACAAGAAAACGUUCCUCCUCCUGAGCAUACUUGUAAGUGGGGGAGACAGGCAAGAGCAAGAAUAUAGCAGGUUAGAUAGUGAUUAUUAGAUAUGAGGCUUACUUUAAUGCAGGUGUCCCCCAGCACAAGACCUGGCACACGGUAAAGGACUCAGUAGAUAGCGAUUUCCUUUGGUUCUUUAGUCUUCCUAAUGGCUCUUGAAUUACUCCACAAAAUGGCAAUAAUAGGCAAAGCCUGACCCAUUGCCUUCUAGCUCUUGCCAGUUAAUAAAGCUUAAACCUAUUCUUGCUUACGACAAAUAAUUCUUACAGUUAUGUUUUGUACCUUCCUGUAUAGCAGAUUAGUCAAGGUGGUGCCUAAACACUGUUGAUAGAUGGCCUUUUCUGAAGCCAGUUGGCAGGGGUCUUGGCCUGGGACUAGAUGGCAGGUGUUAGGUCCACGAAGACAAAUGGCGUGGUGUCAUUGCUGUUUAAACAGAACAGAUGCAGAGGCUGUCAUGGCUGUUUCUGUUAAAGAUGUGUUCCCCAUGUCCUGUUCCCAAUGCUGGUGAACUGGGCAAAGUUUGCAUUAUUUGUGGGAGGCCAGGACAUUGUCGGAAAGCCAGGAAAAGGAGUUUAAUGCUUGUGGUAUGUUUAUAUUCCUGCCCCAUUGUGGAAAUUUUGGAAGGUCCAGGAAUGUUGGAUAAUAGCAGCCAAAAGUUCACCCCUAGAGUUCAGGUAUUUCACCAGACCCAUUUCUCUGCCUCAUCUUCCUCCAGGAGCAUAGUGAGCAUUCAUUUGGUGAAUUCCUUCAGGUCUGGGCCUGCCUGAGGCAAAGAGGGUUGGGCCCUUGCCCUUAGGCUGUGCCCAGCCUUGUGGCAUGGGGAAAGGGCUCUAGGUGGAAGGACCACUGAAAAUGGGCUCCCACCUUAGAUUGUCCAUCUUUCCCAGAGGACAGCUGUAAGGAACAAGCUUUUAUAAAGAAUCCAGGACAGAAAGUUAGAAAGAUCACACAUAGGGUGAUUGUGGGAAGGAGAAAGUUGAGUUUAAAGAGGAAAAACACAAAACAAUGGUUAACUGGCCUGCUGGCUAUACCAUCCCCAGGAUUUGGUGUGAAGUUGUACCUCAGAAGAAACUGGAUGUUGGGCUGUGGGCCAGUCCCCCUGAACCUUGCUUUAAGAAUCCAAUAAGUGAAAAUUCAGAAUUACAGCUCUGCUUAGAUGAGGAAAUUGGCAUAGCGAGGUUGUGUGACUUUUUUUGAAUCACACAUCUAGCUGGUGGCUGAGCCAGAAUAAUAAUGAAGGACCUUGAAUUUCACUCAGCCCAGUGAAUUUUUUUUCCAUUACUCCACUGGUAAUAAUUGCCUUUACCAACAUAUACAUUGUUAAGAUAUCUUUGAAAUAGCAGUCGACAUCCCAUUUGAUAAAUAUGACUUACCAACAGUUGAUUUACGGGCAAUUUUUUGGGAAUGUAUUUUUUUUUAAAGAUUUUAUUUAUUUGACAGAGAGAGAGAGAUCACAAGCAGGCAGAGAGACGGGCGGUGG